UAGUACCGUACGAAAACUAAGCGACGUUGAACCGCUUUACGUCCACGAUAAUAAAACUCAUUGAAAAAUGAAUACAUCAAAAUGGUAGAAUCGCUGCAAAUGUUCUUAUUCCUGUUCAAAUCAAAAUACAGACGAAAAUCGUCAUGGUUCUCGCCGUUUCUGUGUUCAGUUCUUAUAGUGUUAUUGUUUUGCAAUGGUGUUCUAUCUAGAUGUAGUGAACAUAACUGUCUAAACGGUGCAUGUAAGAAUGAAACUUGUGUCUGUUUCGAGGGCUGGCAGGGCCCUGAGUGCCAGUAUUGUGGAGGAAAAGUUAAGUUGACAUCCCCAACGGGCAUCAUUACGGAUGGGCCCGGGAACUACAGCGUGUCGACUCAAUGUUCGUGGUUACUCGCGCCACCAUGGCUAGGCCCCACGGCGCCUGUCAUCCGAAUUAGACUGGAGAGCUUCGCGACUGAGUGCGGAUGGGACCAUCUCUACGUGUAUGAUGGGGACAGCGUGCGGGCUGAGAAACUCUUAGCUGUAUACAGUGGAGUCCUCGACAAAGAAGAGUCUGACUGGACACGGCAAGUGGUGGCGCGAUCGGGUACUGCGCUUCUUCACUUCUUUUCUGAUGAUGCGUACGCGAUGGAGGGAUUCAACGUCACGUACGCAGCGUACUCGUGUCCAUCCAACGACGCCAGGACUAAUUGUUCCAGUCAUGGCGAAUGCGAAGACGGCACGUGUAAGUGCGAACCAGACUGGGUUGGAAUAGCCUGCAAUCAGAAAUUGUGCCCAGACAACUGCAACGCCGAAUACGGCGCAGGCAGUUGCACGUCGGCAGGAUGCGAGUGCACGCCGUCGCGGUCGGGCGUGGACUGCACGCGGGACUCGUCCGGCGCGGGGUUCGAGUGGGGCUGGCGGGAGGAGGGGGAGGCGGGGAGGGCGGGGGAGACGCGGCCGUCACAGGUGCCGCCGGCCGCGGCCGCGCACGUGCUGCUCCGCUAUGUGGACGACCUGCUGAGGGUCGGCGGGGAGACGUUUGGCCCGGCGCACUUUUUGUAUAGGUACAAAGUACGUGAAAGAACGUGGGAGCCCAUAACAACAGAGGGUGAAGCCCCCGCACCAAGAUUCGCUCAUUCGGCCGUGUUAUACGGUCACGAGCUCCUAGUCUACGGGGGGGUGGUGGCUUCCGACGACCCUGAGAGAGGGGGUGGUCUAGCAGGUUUAGAAGGGAGAGCGGGCGAAGUGACGAACGAAUUGUGGAGGAUAAGACUGAACAACACUCCUCCACAAUGGAUCAACGCGACGCCUAAUGAAUGUUCACCACAUCGACCCGCGCCUUUGAAACAUUGCGGUGGGUUACACGUAUCUGGUCACACGGCCGUGCUGGCAUACGUUGGUGCAACGAAGAAACCAGUAAUGUUGGCUUUUUUUGGUCAUUCACCACAUUACGGAUAUUUACACACAGUGCAGGAGUAUUACAUAGAAGAAGGCGUGUGGUCGUCAGCAGCGAUCGCGGGCUGGCCGGCGCGCGCAGGCUUCGCUCACAGCGCCGCGUACGACGCUCUGUCGCGCCGCGUCUACGUGCACGGCGGCCUCGUCUCCGAGUCCGAGGCUGCGCAGGCGCCUUCAGCAGCGCUAUUUGAGUACAACGUGGAGACCAGAGUCUGGAAGCCGCUGCCUUCCGCACCCACUCCCAGAUACCUACAUGCUGCAGUUUUUGUUUCUCCAGGCGUAAUGCUCAUAUUCGGUGGUAACGCGCACAAUGACAGCGCAGCCGCAGUGCUAUCUGCGCCAGCGGCGUCGUUACAAGCCAAAUGUUAUUCUGCGCAGCCCCUUUUGUAUAUAGUAAGAUGCGGGGUGUGGCGCCCGCUGGCCGCGCCGCCGGGCGCCGCGCGCGCUGCGCUGGCCGCCGCCUCACUGCCGCUGCAGAAACGACACACCGCUAUUCUUUUGGGAGGUUUCGACGGUCGUCUCCGUUCGGACGCCCUCCUAUUCGAAACGGGGGAGAAAUGUUCCUCAUACAAGACUGAAGCGUUAUGUCUGUCCGCGUCACAACACGCGGCCGUCAGCUGCGUGUGGAAGACACACGAGAAGAUAUGUAUGCAGUUGGAAGAGGUUGGUUGGAAGGAGUCUUUUGACGGGACAGUGAAGGCGUGUACAAACGAACCAGUAUUUGAUCCCCUGCGCUGUAUGGCGGCGGAGUCGUGCGCCGCGUGCACCGCCGCAGGCUGCGCGUGGUGCGGCGCCUGUCUCUCCGACCCGCAGUAUUGUGUGCGCCACACGCACCAGAUGGCGCUGUCAAUAGAAGAGUGUGGCGCCAACGACGGCGAAUCAGCUAAGGAGGCGUGCGGGCGAUUCCACUCCUGCGCAGCUUGUUACGCGCACCAAAGGCAUCAUCCUUAUGCUACGGAGGAUUUGAGUCCCCGGUUGUGUUACUGGGACUACGAAAACAUCAAAUGCAGGCCUGCCAACUCUUCAGACGACAUAAGGAGUGUGGCGAGCGCUGGCGGCUGCAGUGCGGCGUGUUCAACAUUUCGUACGUGCGCCAACUGCACCGCGGAAGAAUGCAUUUGGUGCGCAUCGGCCGCUAGAUGUGUUGAUAAGAACGCCUACGGCGCAUCAUUUCCGCUGGGCGGUUGCCGCGCGUGGUCGACCUCCGGCGGGAACUCUCAAAGCUGUGGAGCGACGCACGGGUGCUCCGCGCACGUGUCCUGCGCGCGCUGCCGCGCGGAGCCCGCGUGCGGCUGGUGCGACGACGGCGCGGGCGGCGGCCGCGGGCUCUGCAUGCCCGGCGGGAACCGGCGGCCGCAUGCGCCCAGGCUCUGCGCGCAACACAGAUGGCAUUUCACCCGCUGCCCCGCUUGCCAAUGCAACGGCCAUUCGUACUGCGACUCUCAGUCCCGCUGCGUGCAACCGUGCGGCGGCCGCGCGAUCGGCGAUCAUUGUGAGACUUGUGCCCCCGGACAUUGGGGCAACCCGCUCAACGGCGGCGUAUGCACGCCCUGCGAAUGCAACGCCCAGGCAGUGGCUUGCGCCCCCGACACCGGCCGCUGUUACUGCAGCACCAAGGGUUUAGCCGGCGACCGCUGUGAUAAGUGUGAUAACACUAAUCAUUAUCACGCUGAUGUGUACAAUAAGGGCGCUUGUUACUACGAUUUAGCGGUAGACUACCAAUUCACGUUCAACCUCUCGAAGAAAGAGGACCGGCACCUGUCGGCGAUAAACUUCAGGAACGCGCCGGUGAAGCCGGAUGUGGACGCGGACUUCAGCAUCACGUGCUCUGCGCACGCGCGCAUGAACCUCACCGUCAGGACCCGGGCCGACCCGGCCGAGAGGACUCUGUUCAGUGAUGUCAAUUGCACCAAUUUUAGAUAUAAAACGUUCCAUUACAGGUUCGCGAAGUCCGAACACGCGUUCGGCGUCGAAGACAACGUCACGUUGACAACCUUCUUCGUCUAUGUCUACGACUUUAGGCCGCCGUUGUGGAUACAGAUAUCGUUUUCGCAGUACCCGAAGCUGAAUCUUCAGCAGUUCUUCAUAACAUUCUCUUCGUGCUUCCUCUUACUGCUGUUAGUGGCGGCUGCCUUAUGGAAGAUCAAACAGAAAUACGACUUGUACAGAAGAAGACAACGGUUGUUCGUUGAGAUGGAACAAAUGGCGUCGCGGCCCUUCAGCCAAGUGUGUGUUGAGAUGGAGAGGGGCUGGGCGGGGGGAGGCACGGGCGUGCCGGCGCCGAUAGCGCUGGAGCCGUGCGUGGGCGCGCGCGCGGCGGUGCUGUCGCUGCUGGUGCGGCUGCCCACGGGCGGCACGGGCCGGGCGCCCCCGCUGGGCGGGCUGGCCGUGGGCUCCGCGCUCGUCACCCUCGGCCAGCACGACCAGCCCGCCACCAAGCACACCCACCGCCCGCUAUGAUAACACCAAUGUAAAUAAGUGCGUUUAAGUAAGUGUUGUACAUACUAGUUGCUCAAGUGUGUCAGGUUGAUAAUACUCAUGCAGGCAGACAGACAGACAGUGUGUCGUAGAAAUCUGGAAAUUCUAUCGUUUGGUGUAGUUGCUAUUUUAUUAUCCUAAUAUUAUAAUUUUUGUGGAUGACGCGAUGUUUUUUAAGUUUUCACACAAAAACUACUAGAUUAUUUUCAAUGAACUUUAGUGCAUGGACAUUAAGCUUUGGCAGGAAAUUCGCACGAGAAUGAAGUUUCGGAGCACAGACAAUAUAUAAAAAAGACGAUAUUAUUUGUAAUGCCUAAUUUUCUAAUUGUUUAAUAAUUAUUAUAUCAACAUGAUAAUUUUCUUAAUGGCAUUUAUAAUAUAAUGUAUGUGAUUACGUUUUAAUUUUGACUAUAAAUGACAUUUGAUAAAAUAUUUUUCUGCCUUUUUUAAUCAUACCAAACGAUAGAUUCUUUAGUUAAUAUAAUAACUGCCAUCCAUAUUAUAAAAAAGUGCACGCAUUUAUUUAAAAAAAUAUGGAUUCCAAUUAUUUAUUUAUUUUAAUGUAUUGUUUUGAUUCAUUGCCACUCAUUAGUGUUUAUAUUCUUACACAUUUCUUAGUUUUACACUUUUAUUUAAAAACUGCUAGUUUUUUUUUCUAUUUCUGUUGUGUUGUAUAAAAUUAUUAAUAAAAUAUAUAAUGCAUUUUCUUCUAUAAAUGCGUGCAAACUAAUAUUUCACAAUAUAAUUAUAAUAAAUAGGAGAAAUGAAAAAGAAAUGUAAAUUUCUGCCAUUAUUUUUACAUAUUAGGUGUAUUAAUCGUUUAGUCACCCUUCGAGAGAUAUCAUAAAUGUAAUGUUAUAAUUAAUUAUUAUAUAUAAUUAUUUAUACGAAAUCGUUAACUUCCGCUUAUGAAGUUGCCAAAUAGAUGUAUAUAUUUAUAUAUAAUAUAGUGAGUAUAUGCACAUUUUGUAGACUGCUAGUAAGUCGCGUGUGAGUUGUAAAAUUGGAUAUUUAAUGAAAUGUCCGGAUUAUGAAAUUAUCGGCUGCUUUUUCCGUCUAGAUUUUAAUAUCUUAUUUAUACUUUAAAAACGUAUUAUUAAGAUUAUUUAUUUAAUUUUUUUUCGUGUAGGUGGUCUAUGAACGUUUAUGUUUUUUUAUAGAAUUUUGCAUUUGUUUUUAAAUGUAAGAUUGAAUGGUAUCAUUUACAUCAUUAUACAUAGAUUGCAGUUUAGUUUCUAUGCAGAUAUAUUUAUACUUGGCUUUAGUUAAAAACAUGCUAAUUUCACAGCUUAGGGUUCUCAACCUAAUUAAAUAGUAAAUUAAUUAAUUGUCUAUUUAUGUCGCUUUAUAAAUAAGUCGCAUAUGAAAAAUAUUGACGUUUAGAAAACACGAUGAAUGUUUAAAAUGUUUAGGCUAUAAUUUGGUUCUUUUAAAUAAAAUAAAAUCUCUUCAUAAUAGUAUCUAUAUAUUUGUUAACAGUUUUCAUUUUGUUUACAAUAAACUGCUUUUUAAAACUGUAGAUUGUUGUUUAGUUUGAGAACCAGAAAGCUAAAUUUACCUUAUCCACUUUAAAGAUAAACAUUCAAAUUUAAGUGUUAAGUCGCGUGCCUGUAGAUACAAUUUACAAUACGAACAUUUUUCUACAGAGUUGGUAUUCAUAUCAGUAACAAGAAAUAUAACUUACGCUUAUUUUUAAAUGUUACUUUAAUGUGUGGACGUAAACUUGUUUAUUCUUAAGACUCUAAAGAUCAUUGCUCAUUUGACAGCACGGCACAAUCAAUGCUAUUUUAAACCUUAUUGACAUUUUUUUUUCUUAUUGUAUUUAUAAGUGAAAUUAAUUAGGUUCAGAAUAGCUGCUCAAAAUAGUUCCGUGCUUUUAAAUGAGCGAUGACUUUGAAAAUACGGUAACAACGAUGUAAUUUUAAAAUGUAACAUCACAAUAGUGUUUGAAGUUAAAGUUUCAGUAUCAAGGUCAUAGCUAACUUGCGGCCGCACCGCUACCACCCCGGCAAUAUGACGUUCAUUGAAAAAUGAGCUUUAAGACGUCCGUUGUAGACAUAAUUUACAUUGACAACAUGUUAGCUGACUGCUCGCGGUCAGCUCUCAUCUUGCCAAUGUAAAAUAUGUCUACAGGUAACGCUUUAAAGCUCAAUUUUUAAUGGCGAUCACCUAGCCGGGUGAUAACUGUGAGGUAGAAGUUUGUUAUGAACUUUACACGUAAUAUAGGUGUAAAUAUCGGCUCGACCAGACUACGAUAUUUUUCUUACGACUGAUGUAUAAAGAAUAUACUUUUUUUUGUAAGAUCGCGUUAGGAGCGUAGAUGUUGUGCAUUGGAUAACUAUAUUUCGUUUGGUACAACGUUAAUCCAUAGUAUUAUAAAGAGAAAAGAUUUGUAUAUUUGUUUGUAAUAAUAAUAAAAAACUACUGGGCCGAUUUUAAUGAAAUUUGGCACAGAAAUAGACGAAACCUUCCGAAGUGACAUAGGCUACUUUUUAUUAGGGUUUUACCCGAGCGAAGCCGGGGCGAGCCACUAGUUGGCUAUAAUGUAGUCUAUAAAAGUUACGAAAAAAGUUAUUAUUAUAUAUUUUUUUAUAUAUAAAUUUAAUUUAAUGCUGUAAACUUAGAACUAUGGAAGGAAAUAUUCCCAAAAAUCUCGUGCUAUCAUCACUCUCUUGUAGAAAGAAGUACCAUGAGAUUGGAUUGGAUUCUUUAUGUACAGUCUACAGUUUUACCAAGUUACUUUGCAUAGAUAUUUUUACCUCGGCAAUAGAGACGAAUUCGCAAUAAAUUCGGGUAGCUUGAUGUGUAAUACAGACUGUACAUAAAUAUAAUAUUUUUAAUUUUAUAAAAAAAGUAUCUGACACAACAUCGACGUGCGUAUUUGAUUAUAGUUAGUAUUUGUAUUAUAGUCACACAUGUCGAAAUGACUACAUAAUUUGUUGAGAACAUAAUUAUUAUAAUAAUAGUUGACAUUAGCUUUAUACGUCUUUUUGUAUUCUCUGCAAGUGUAUUGUUAAAAUUUAGAUUAACUGCCAUCUUUUUAUGCUUUUUUUGAAGUGAAAACUUCUUUAGCGGCGUUGUGCACUUUUUGUGAUGGGUAAAAAAUGUUUAACUCGCGUCAGGACACGUGACCCUCAUCGAAAAUUCGUAAGACGUCAAAAAUGCACAACGUUAAUAUCCAAGUUUUCACUUCUGCCGGCACUCUCGGAGUGCAACCCGGUUUUUUUUUUAUUAUAGAGGCAUAGUCAUUAAUCCAAUGGGUCCGAUCAUUAAUUGGCCAAUUAAUGUAUUUUGGGUGGGAAUUUAACUUUAUUACCGUUUCGAGUGACACGUUGCUUAGAAUCGGACUAGGCGUUUUGAAAAACAACAAUUUUAAGAUUGAUCAGUGACAUCACAAGAUAAUGCCAAGAUUACAGUAUGCAAGUGGAAAAAUUAAUAAUAAAUUAGAGUAUCCUAUUUACUACAAUAAGCAAGCAUAACACGGAGUUUAGAAUAAAAUAGCCUUUGGAUUUUAUAAAUCGUUAUAAAAAAAUUAAGCAGUGAUGGUGUAAUGAUUAAGACGCGUUUAACGCAUAGACGCAUUUAAGCCUGUGGAUCGAAAGGUCCCAAGUUCGAAUCCUACUCGUGCCACAUGAGUUUGUUUACCAAUCUAAUUCAUGUAUCGUAGUUUUCAUUGACCCUUCUGUGAUUUCUAACGUUGCUUUUGUUAGAACCGUAUCAACCAAUAAUUGAAUAUUUAAUUGAAGAUUUUGUAACAACAAUACGUUUAACCGUGGCAUUAUUAUUAGAUGAAAUUGUAUGUGAUCUCAUUUGCUUUGGAUAUAUUGAUGUCAUCAAGACAAUGAAUCGUCGUCGCCUACACAGUGCACGCGGUAGCUAAUAGUUUUAGACGUACAGAGUGUUAAAAUUCCAAAAAAAAAUCACCUAUAUAAUAUUUUAUUUAAUCGGAAACACAGUUGUGAUUUAAAGUAACUCACGUAAUUUAUAUAAAACUUUCUAUUUUAUUAAAUAGUGCAAUGAAAUGAAAUUUGGAAUCUCCGCAAUGAAUUGUUACUAAAAAAAAGUUUAGAAAAAAAUUAUGAUAACGAAAAUAAUCUGCUGAAUUUUGGAAUUUCAAUGUUGAUGUCCAGUUUAGUAAGUAUUCAGUUCAUAACAUAAUUUUAUUGUUAGACUUAUGUGAAUCUAUUUUUGAAUACGUAUACGAAAGCGUUUUUUGUCUAGUUUAAUUAAAUACCAUCACAUUUGUAGAAUACGCCGCAUACUGACUUUUUAGGCCAACUUGCAAGUUUACAUGAUAGUUUUCAUGGAUGACUGGAGGUCGGGGUUUCGAUUCCCGGUCAGGUCAAAAUGUAAAAUGUUCUUUUUCAAAUUGACCUGGGUCUAUAUACGUAAUAAUGUUUAUCUAUGUACGUAUAUGUUAUAAAAAUAUAUUGUCCUUGAGUUAGUAUCCCAUAACACAAGUCUCGAACUUACUUUGGUGUUAACUCAAUCUGUGUGAUUUGUCCAUAUAUCUUUUUAUUUAUUUAUAUAUAUUUUAACCUUAGAAAUGUAAUUUUGUGGAGAAGUGGAGGAGACUGACUUGCUGUACCGCUCCCACAUAAAAGGGUAGGCGGUUGAUGAUGAUGUAAUUGUGCAAUAAUACGCUUUUUUUGCGGCGCAUGCGCCAUUCGACAAGUAGUAAUCGCGCCGGAUUACAAAUACUAGACACGGUGAUCAAAAUUGAAAGCUUCAAUUUUUUUAAUAAAUUUGUUCAAACAGAAGCGACGUCCUUAUCGAGCCUAAAAAAUCGAUUCCUUUAUAUAUUAUAUAAAUGUUGCCCGUGGCUUCGCGCCCGUCGGAAUUUUGAGAUAAAAUAUAGCCUAAAGCAAUCUUGGAUAAUGUACCUUUCUGAUGGUAAAAUAAUUUUUGAAAUCGAUUCGGUAGUUUCGGAGAUUACCCGCCUCAAACAUACAAACUCACAAACGCUUGCUUUUUUAUAAUAUUAGUAUAGAUAACUCAAUAAAAAUGUACCUAAAUAGGUUUUACGCCUUUACAGAAGCAAAAAUGUGUCUGGCUGGGUGAGGGCGUCGCUGUUGAAUUGAAUUUAAGAAAACAACUUUUCUCAUUGACUUUAGAAAGUUAUAUCAGGUCAAGUGACAAUUUGUAGGCCGCAUAUUACUAACCCCUCCAAUCACACAUACGGCCCACAAAAUUAUAUUAUUUGAGAUGGACCACCGUCACCAUAUUUAUCCCGUAAUCAUGCAAGCUGGCCUAAUAUACCCCUGAACAAAAGUAAUAUUUUAUAUUUGAACAAAUCCUCAAACCUUGUAAGGCGGCACAAUGUAUUUUUUUUAAAACAAGAUAUGAUAUGAGACUUGUUUAAUUCCAUUAAUAAAUUCCUUAUUAACCUACUAAUAGAGUUUGUUUUAUCCUGAUUGAUCUCUAUUAUAGUGGUAUUAGUCUGCUUAAUUAUGAAUCUAACUACUUAAAACGUGUUGGCAAUUUUCUACAUGUCAAUUUACAAUUGUCAUGUCAACAAAUUAUUUGUAUUACCUAUUUUGUGAAAUGAGUCUCACAUAUUUUUUAUUGUAAUGAUCAGUGCCUUUUUGUCUGUUGGUGCGUGACCCACACAGUAUUAACAUACAUUUGUUGGUAUUAUUCCCAAUGAGGGUUGACGUCAGUCAGGCGCCGGUCAGAAAAUCACAUUUUCGUAUCAUAUUUAUGAUUAUUUUUUACGUUGACCCCAGACUAUGCGGCAUCACAGCCACAUAUGCAACUAGGAACAAGCGAAAAUUUAAUACAAUUUGUAAAAAUGUUAUAUUUUGUAAAUGUUGAGCGGGAGCAACAUUACGUCCAAAAAUAUACAAGGACGUUUUCAACUAUUAUGCUGUCUUUUUCUAUCGACAGAGAUUUCUAUCUCUGUGAGAAUUGAGGACCUCUUAAUUAAAAGUAAUAAGAUCUUUAUGAAAAUGAUGUAGUUCCUAUAACAUGUCCUAUAACUUUGGUUCGCUUCCGAGAUUUGGACAUACCAUGUAAAUUUGCUUCCAACUAUUGUUGUAUUAAUUUUAAAAUAGAUUAAAAAAACACUACAUCUGUACAUGUACUUGAGUUGGUAUAACAAUACAUCAUAAAAACAAAUUGCAAUAUUUUGUGGCAAUUUUGUUACAGUGUUUGUCUUACAAUUAGUGUUAUUUAUUUCCCUCCCAAGAACCUAAAAUGUAAAGUGCUGUGUGCUAUUGUUAACAUAUAGUACUGUUUUAUUGUAAGCCUAAGUGUAACGCGUUGUAAAUAUCCUGAUACAUAAAUUAUUGUAUUUCAUAAUAAAAUAAUCGAUCAGUCA